AUGGCUCGAGGAUCCUUCGUUGCUUGUCUUGGACCCGUCGGCGUUGGGAAGACAUCACUUAUACGAGCCAUCGCUGGUGAUCUGGAAUGCUCGAACGGCUCUAUCUUCGUGGCCCGUUCUGGACCAACAGGUCUCGCUACUCAGAUCCCAUGGCUCCCAGCUGGAACUAUCCGAGACGUCAUCUGCGGUGAUUUCGAAAAGGCCGAUACGGUUUGGUACCGAACUGUCGUUCGUGCAUGUUGCUUAGAGCCUGACUUCUCCUCACUGUCGGCUGGGGAUCAGGCGCAGAUAGGCAGUCGAGGGUCGAAUCUUUCUGGAGGCCAGCGACAGCGUGUGGCGCUCGCGCGUGCAUUGUACUCUCAUCCUCAAACUCUGCUUCUGGAUGAUCCCUUCAGUGCUCUAGACGUGGAGACAUCCUCUCGGAUCAUGCAGAACUUGUUUGCUUCCGAGGGUCUGUGUAAGAAACAAGGCAUGACUGUAUUCUUGACAACUAGUUCAACUGCUCCUUGCCCCUUUAUGGAUCACAUCAUUGUGCUUGGCGAGUCUAAGAUCAAAGCUCGCGGUACCUGGCAGGACGUAGCCCCUAAACUCGGCCAAAUGCACGCUGGUUUUGUCGGCGACAACAAKCAGGAGUUCCACCAACCUGAACGUCACUCCGUCAACGACCCAGUCACGAACGAGAUCCGCAAGAUGCAAGACGCGGCUUCAGACCUCACGCAAGUACCCAAAAGCGACGGAGUCUAUCGCUAUUACUUGAAUGCUGUUGGUAAUACCAACUUCGCCAUUCUACAACUAUGUACCGUCACAUAUGCUGUAUUCGUCACUUUUCCGCAAUACUGGUUGAAGCUAUGGACAGAGUCUGACGGCCGCCACUCACUGUUCUAUGUGCUGGGGUAUCUCGGCUUUGCCCUCAUGUCUUGGGUUGCAACGAGCUGUCAAACUUGGUCGGCUCUGAUCAAAGUCGCUCCGAAAUCUGGCGUGCGGCUUCAUCAAGAUCUGUUGGAAACUAUCAUGGGGGCGCGAUUCUCCUACUUCUUCGAUAAAGAGACAGGAGUCACACUCAAUCGCUUCGGGCAGGACAUUCAAGUCGUAGACCAACAGUUGCCAACUGGACUUUCGACACUCAGCACGCAGGUGUUCAAGCUAGCAAUACAGACAACGCUCCUAAUCUAUGUGAGCCCAGGCUUGUCAUUCGCUCUACCUCUAUUGAUUGCAAUCGCAUACUUGAUCCAGAAGUACUACCUCAAAGUCUCUCGUGUGCUUCAAUUUCAAGAUCUGCAAUCCAGAGCACAAGUCUUCACAUCUUUCAUCGAAACGAUAGAGGGCGUUGCCACCAUCCGUGCAUUCAACUGGCAAGAAGCAUACGCAGAGAAGAACAUCCAGAGCUUGGAUACUUCUCAGCGCCCAUUCUACUUCCUGCUCAGCGCCCAACGAUUUCUCAACGUCGUUCUCGACCUUUUGAUCGCCGUCAUCGCGGUGGUCGUUGUACUGCUCACCGUCGUCUUGGCAGAUGGAAACCGUGGUGCUGAAAUUGGAAUUGCGUUGAAUAUGGUCAUUGCUGCUAAUGCUACUCUCAUCCGGCUCAUCUCGUCUUGGACGACGUUGGAGAUUGCUAUUGGGGCGGUGAGUAGGUUGAAAGAGGUACGGGAUACUACUCCUCAAGAAGAGCUCCGAGAGGAGAGCGUUUGCCAUGACUCCUCCUGGCCUGAGGAGAGCGUCUGCCACGACUCCUCCUGGCCUUCGAAAGGAGAGUUGGUGUUGAAGAAUGUGCUGGUGGCUUACAAUGAGCGGUCUACCGCCUUGCAUGAAGUGAACCUUCACAUCCGACCUGGACAGAAAGUCCUCAUUUGCGGCCGGACUGGAAGUGGGAAGAGCACGCUACUUCUUACACUUCUUCGACUCUUGGAUGUGAACAAAGGCUCCAUCUCCGUGGAUGACAUCGAUAUCUCUCGUGUUUCCCCCUCCACGAUCCGGGAACAAUGCUUCAUCACAAUUCUCCAGGACCCGUUCAUCAUUGCAGAAGCCAGCCUGCGCUUCAAUCUCGAUCCUUUCGAAAUCCAUGCCGACGAAGACAUCAUCGCGUGUCUGGAAGCGACGCAGCUAUGGACUUCCGCCUUGUCGUAUCAACAUCAUCAGGGAGAAGAAGAUCAAGAGAUUUCAUCUAGAGUUCCAAAACUUAACAACCCUCUGAAUUCUUUCCCACCUUUAACCCCCGGCCAAUUACAACUCUUAUCAAUCGCGCGCGCCCUUCUUCGAACCAAACCCAAAAAGAGCAGCACUUCUACUGCUGCUGCUGUUGUCGAGCAUCAUCAUCAAAGAAAAGAAAUCUUAUUACUAGAUGAAGCGACAUCUUCUCUCGAUCCACCCACGGAAAAUCUCGUCCAUGAUCUCGUACAGGAACAUUUCACGGAUCAAGGACAUACCGGUCAUUAUGACAUCCCACCAAAUCAACAGCCAGAAAGAAAGACGCGUCUUCGAUAA